UCGAACAAACACAUUCGGAUCAAAAUCCCGCCCCGGUGCGCUCUUACGGCAGCAACCCGACACGACUCCAACUGAUACUCAUUCAAGAUGAUUCAUUCAGCCUCGCUGAUCUGCAUUCUUUUACUUGUAUUAUCACUCCCAUCAUCGUGCCUCCAACACAACGUCAAUAGAACCAACGAACAUACGCAGAUUUAUGAUGUCUGCAUUCUGGGCGGCGGAGCGACAGGCACAUACGCUGCAAUCCGCCUGAAGGACCGCGGGAAGCGAGUUGUGGUGAUCGAGCAGAACGACCACCUCGGUGGCCACACAGAGACUCUCUACCUUCCCGAUGGUAGCCACGUCGACUAUGGCGUCGAGGGUGUAUUCGACGACAAACUUACCAGAAAGUUUCUGACGCGCCUGGGGAUCAGAUGGCGUCGUGUGCUCCCCAAUUAUACACGUCAGGACUUCGUAGACUUCACCACUGGUCGAAUGGUGGAGUCUCCAGUAGGGCUUGUUCAGUUACUGUUCGCAACCAUACGAUAUCGACUUGCACUCCGACAAUUCCCAUUCCUUGACAAGGGCAUUUAUGAUCUUCCGGAUCCAGUACCAGCAGCCCUCUUCCGCCCUUUGCGGGAGUUCAUCGAAGCAAACUCACUUGAGGAUGUCAUACCCAUGUUGUUUUUCUGGGCACAGGGAGUUGGCAAUAUGCUCGAAAUGCCUGCAAUUUAUACCUUCCAGAACUUCGGAGUACCACAUAUAGACGCCCUUCUUGGCGGUUACAUCUCACCGGAAAAGGGUAUGUACGAUCUGUAUCGUCGGGCAGCAGCAGCUCUUCGUUUCAAUGUUCAUUACCAAACCAAAGUCAUGGAGACCAAUCGCUCUGACUCCGGCGUUACGCUCACUGUACAGCAUAAUAACGGAACCCAGAGCACCAUUCAAGCAAAGAAACUUCUCGUGACAUUCCCACCGAUCAUGGAUAAGCUCCAGGGCUUCGACCUCAACCAAGAGGAAGCUGAUAUUUUUAGCAAGUGGUACUGGCGAAAUUACUAUGUGGCGAUCAUCAACAACAGCAGCAUUCCUGAUGGCCUGUAUGUGACCAACACCAAUCCUCGCACUGGCCCAGGGUACCUACCUGAUAUGCCCUUUGAGUCCCUGAUUCAGUACAUGGGUGUAUCUGGUUAUCCGAAUACCAAGAUCGUGGGCCCGAUGAACUUCACCGCGGAAGAUGCCAAGCAGCUCGUUGUGUCGGAUAUUACCCGCAUGAAGACUGCAGGGACAUACUCCGUCUUAGAGCCCCAGAUUGCCGCAUUCGCUGAUCAUUCGCCCGAGACAUUGAUGGUUGCUCCGGAGGAGAUCCAGUCAGGAUUUUAUCGUCGCUUGUAUGCUCUGCAGGGACAGAGGAGCACCUUCUAUACAGGAUUGACCUUCUGUUCGGACUAUUCAUCCCUGCUGUGGGCAUUUACGGACACUAUCCUUGAGAAGAUGCGUUGA